CUGAUUGAUUUUAAAGACUUGGGGAAGGAUAAGAGAGCCGUAUUGCUAUUGAUCAUCGUUUCCACUGCAACAGCAAGAUUUGAGAGAAGACAGGCAAUAAGAGAAACAUGGUGGAAACAUUGUUCUGGCAAUCAGACUCAGGUAAGCAGGCAAGAUAGGUUCUUUGUCGCCAGUUAUCUCACGAUCUCACGAUGAUGUUUCUUUCAGUAAUAACAUUGGUGACGAAUUACUCCUUAAUUUUGGCCCGAAAUUUCAGCGUUAAUUUGUAAUUUCACAUGUGAAAUUACAAAAUUGCCAUGGCGACCCUUCCGUACGUCUGAGUGUCAAGAUGGCGACGAAGUUUUAAAAUGUCAUGAAUGAAGAUGUCAGGGCACAAAAAUUAAAGACGCUUUGGAAAAACUGAACACACAAGAGAACUCAAGAAGGAUUCUAAGAGGUAUUUUGCCGAAAAAGUCUGAAAAAUUCUGAACUUUAUAAGCCAAAUUUAAGGUCUAAACAUUUGAGAGAGUGGAGUUCUCGAUCGAUACGUUCCAGGAAAGACAUGUCAAAAAUCCAAGAUUGCUAACGUAAUUCGUCACCCAUGAUAUUAAUAGGUAAUCAAAUGGUAUACUCGUGAAAUUAGGGAUUAAUUUCACUUGCCUUUUGUCCAAAUCCUAAUAAUUUCCUUCGCCUAAAGGCUCAGGAAGUUAUUAGGGUUUGGACAAAACGCGCGUGAAAUUAUUCCUUAAUUUCACUCGUCACCAUUUGAUUACACAUACUUAUUCACAGCGAAAUUUUCUACCAACGACGGAGACGACGGCAAAAAGCAAAAAUCAACGGGUUUAGAUUAGCAAAACAACAACUUUGCACGAGCAGCACCCUUUGUUUUUUGCACUUUCUUUAGUGUCGUUCAACGACCUCGACGUCAAAUUCCUUAUUUCCCGUUUUACACCGAGAACGUGAACAAAAGACACCGAUUCGGAACCUGGAUACAGUCCUUUUGGAAUAAACCUUCAGAGAAAUUCGCCAAAAUUGGACAAUUAAGGUGGCUCGAUACAGUUUUUCAGAGUCAAUACCUCCCAAGUUUGAGCAUAAACUACGUCACCAUAACCAAAGACUUGGAAAAAUUGCCACCACGGUUGUAUUAGAUAAAGCACAGGUAACCCAGGCUCUGUGAUAGUACCACAGUACAGUUCUAGUGAAAUUACAGUGUUUGUAUGGGGUAAAAAUAUGAUCUUAAAAUUUGUAGUAAAUACUAAAUAUAAGUCAAUGAAACCCUGCAGUUAGUUGUUGUUGUCCUUAUUGCUCCAACGAAGUUGCCUAGGCCUCAUUUUCUUGGCCGCCCGUUGAUCUGGCCCAGUUACUUCGGCGAGCAUAUUCUCGGCCUUUUUGGAUUACAUCCUUCGAGUUUGUCAAAGUCUGCGGGAUUCGUUUUUCCAUCUGGGAAAGCUUCAUUGGUUUCUAUAUCUGCUGAUAUCCUAUUACUACGAUCCUGGCAUGUUUAUUUUCUGUUGGAGUUCGAAUUUCGUGGAAAAAGUUGUGUUGAAUGAGAGCAUGGCGGCGAAGAUGGAAUCUUUUGUCUCCUACUGCUUGUAUAUUAUAAUUGUAUAUAGAGUGAAUUUGAACAAAUUAGUACAAAUUAUCACGAAACUUCGUUGGAGUAAUAGGGACAACAACAACUAACUGCAAGGUAAGUUUCAUUGACGUAUAUUUAGUAUUUCCUACAAAUUUUACGAUCGUAUUUUUACCCAAUACAAACACUGUAAUUUUACUAGAAUCGUACUGUGGUACUAUCACAGAGCCUGGGUUAGCUGUGGAUAAAAAUGAAAAUUUCUUAUGAUCAGGGUUGCAACUACAUCGGAGUUGUCAUAGCAACGAAAUGACGCUAUUACCUAUUUUACUUGCAGCAAUAUAUCUCGGCCGCUAGGAACUGUUCUUCCAAAAUCGUUCGCGGUUGCUUUUUCCUUUAAUAGCGGCCUCGAUGCUCGUCAAGUUUAAGCCAAAUCUGUAAGAGCGUUAUCGCGACUAUUAUGGGAUGAAGUCUUUUUUUAUGGCUAGAAACACAGUUAAAAAUGGACAACCUUGAUGUUUGCCCGUUAUCUGUACAAAACAAAGCGCUUUAGACAUGCAAUUUUACCUCAUGGUAGUUUCAACCUUUUUAAAAACGUUUCUGAAAGAUCAUGGAGAUAACUCCAGCCGAUUGCUAGAAAGAAGGAUUUGAUUACUAGGUAUCGAAACGCUCUUGUUAGCGGUUUUGUAAACAUUUUGGUCUUCUUUAACAAAUUAGCGAAUAAUUUUUAAACCGCUCGAUACAUUUUUUUUUAAAAUUUAAGAUUCUCGAGACUAACUUUCCUUUAAUAUGACCUUUUACUUUCAAUAUUAUUGAUAAAUUGUAAGGCAGUAAAAUAAGGGCUACAAUUCGUUUUUUUUGUUCCGGGAAAGCUCGAUGUGGGAUUUCUAUUCUAUGGACAUGAAGUGCUGCAAGUAGAGUGAGUGAUAGUCAAGUACAAAGCUACCCGUCUAAACACAUACGUAACGUAGACGGGUAGUUAAAGUUGCUUCUAGUAGUAAUCGAAGGUUAAAUCAUUGAUAUCUCAAGUAUUUAUAAAGUGCAACACGACUUCAUAUCUUAACAACUACGAAAAUCUAUCAAUUAAAUACAUACAACAGUAGUAUAGGGUGCACCACGGUUUCCACUUUUUUGAGCAGGAAUCUCAUAAGCGUGAGCAGGAAUAAAUUAACGCCAAUGACGUCAUAGGCUAUUGUCUUGAUCUCAUGAAUAAAAUGCGCAGGAAUCUCAUUAAGAUAAGGUCGUGUGUUAUUUUUAGUUGGUUUAGGUUUUCUAGUUACUUUAAUGUCGAUAGACGUCUUCCUUUUCGAUUGGUUAGUUAGAAAAUAAGAAACGUUUUCAUUGGUUAAUUCAUAGUGUCUAAGGAGUAAAGUCAAACUUGUCUGUGACUUAAAAUCACUGAUACGUAACGUAAUUAUGCACUUCCUAUUUCCUGCUGCUGUGAUUGUCCUGUUACUUACCCCUCUCCUUUUCAUUUUUUAUUUUCCUCCUCCUCCACAAUUUUGUUAUUUUCCUAACGCAAUUUUUUUAUUGCCAUUUUUCUUUCCUCCUCCUCCUCCUCCUCAUUUCUAUUGUUUUCCCUACACCACCACCAAAACCACCGCCACAUUUCUAUUGUUUUCCCUCCACCACCACCACCACCGCCACAUUUCUAUUGUUUUCCCUCCACCACCACCACCACCACCACCGCCACAUUUCUAUUACUUUCCCUCCACCACCACCACCACAUUUCUAUUGUUUUCCCUCCACCACCACCACCACCACCACCAUUGUUUUCCUUCCUCCUCCUCCUCAUUUUUAUUGUUUUCCCUCCUCCUCCUCCUCCUUAUUUUUAUUGUUUUUCCUCCUCCUCCUCAUUUUUAUUGCUUUCCCUCCUCCUUCUCAUUUUUAUUGUUUUUCCUCCUCCUCCUCCUCCUCCUCAUUUUUAUUGUUUUCCCUCCUCCUCCUCCUCCUCCUCCACCUCCUCCUCAUUUCUAUUGUUUUCCCUCGAAAGGCCAAAGAGGCCGAAAUCAGGCCUAAACGGCCUAAAAGGCCAAACUUGCAGGGAAAACAUCAGAAAUGAGGAGGAGGUGGAGGAGGAGAAGGAGGAGGAGGAGGAGGGAAAACAAUAAAAAAUGAGGAGGAGGAGGAAGAGGGGGAGGAAAAACAAUAAAAAUGAGGAGGAGGAGGGAAAACAAUGGAAAUGUGGCGGUGGUGGAGGAGGGAAAACAAUAGAAAUGUGGUGGUGGUGGUGGUGGUGGAGGGAAAACAGUAGAAAUGUGGCGGUGGUGGUGGUGGUGGAAAAACAAUAGAAAUGUGGUGGAGGUGGUGGUGGUGGUGGUCGUGCAGGGAAAACAAUAGAAAUGUGGUAACAGUGGUGGUGGUGGAGAGAAAACAUAGAAAUGUGGCAGUGGUGGUGGUGGUGGUGGGAAAACAAUAGAAAUGUGGUGGCGCUGGUGGUGGUGGUGGUGGUGGUGGUGGAGGGAAAACAAUAGAAAUGUGGCGGUGGUGGAGGGAAAACAAUAGAAAUGUGGUGGUGGUGGUGGUGGUGGAGGGAAAACAAUAGAAAUGUGGCGGUGGUGGUGGUGGUGGAGGGUAAACAAUAGAAAUGUGGUGGCGGUGGUGGUGGUGGUGGUGGUGGUGGUGGAAACAAUAACAAUAGUAAUGUGGUGGUGGUGGUGGUGGUGGUGGUGGUGGAGGGAAAACUAUGGAAAUGUGGUGGUUGUGGUGGUGGUGGUGGUAGUGGAGGGAAAACGAUAGAUUUGUGGCGGUGGUGGUGUAGGGAAAACAAUAGAAAUGAGGAGGAGGAGGAGGAGGAGGAGGAGGAAAGAAAAAUGGGAAUAAAAAAAUUGUGGAAGGAAAAUAACAAAAUUGUGGAGGAGGAGGAAAAUAAAAAAUGAAAAGGAGAGGGGUAAGUAAAGCAUUGAUUCCAGUGUAUAAAAAGAGCUAGUUUGCCUUUGCCCUCUUUAAUAUACACGAUUUGUCCGCCAAAAAUCAGUGAACCGGAACAAGGACAAUCACAGCAGCAGGAAAUAGCAUAAUUACGUUACGUCUCAGUGAUUUUAAGUCACAGACAAGUUUGACUUUACUCCUUAGACACUAUGAAUUAAUCAAUGAAAACGUUUCUUAUUUUCUAACUAACCAAUCGAAAAGGAAGACGUCUAUCGACAUUAAAGUAACUAGAAAACCUAAACCAACUAAAAAUAACACACGACCUUAUCUUAAUGAGAUUCCUGCGCAUUUUAUUCAUGAGAUCAAGACAAUAGCCUAUGACGUCAUUGGCUUUAAUUUAUUCCUGCUCACGCUUAUGAGAUUCCUGCUCAAAAAAGUGGAAACCGUGGUGCACCCUAUACUACUUACAACAAAGUGAAUCUAUUUAACCGUGGAGUCCCAGUAACUGCGACAAUAUUCCCGGAAACGUAACGCCUCAAUACACCACAAAUAGGAUUUCCCGCUAUAAUAUUUUCUUAUCCUACUCGGGGUAUUUACUUCAUAAUACGCGUGCAUAAUAACGCGAAAAUCAAGGGCCUCGAUUCGGGGAAAAUUACAUCAUUGCCAAACAGCAAAAACGUAAUCAACUUACAUGCGUCAUUUCAGUCAUCGCCAAAAAUAAACCGCAUGCUCAUCACGAGACUCAUUUGCAUACAAUAAAACUCAUCACCAUUCUUAUCCCCAGUUUCCACGGUCUCUGCUAGGAACGCUUGGGAGCAUGGCGUCCUAACUGGUGCCCACACACAAACAAAAAUAAAGAAACGUCUGCAUUUUUAGUCUAGCUGUGCUAAAGCAAGCUCUACUAAAAAGCUCCUCAAUGAAUCAUUGGCGAAGGUGCCUUGGUUAUAAAUAGAGAAAACAGUCGUGAAUCUGCUUUUCCAGAAAACGUUUAGUUUCAUCAUUUCAUCAUUUUUACCUCACCAAAGUAUGGAAUGUGUGUGAAAAGAGAGCUACACAACGGUAAGAAUACUAUUGACCAACAACAUACAGAGCAGGGGCAGCUGUAGUGUCAACUAUGUAUGUGUAAUCAAAUGGUGACGAGUGAAAUUAGGGAAUAAUUUCACGCACGUUUUGUCUUAGGCUCGGGAAAUUAUUAGGAUUUGGACAAAACGCAAUUGAAAUUAUUCCCUAAUUUCACGAGUAUACCAUUUGAUUACCUAUUAAUAUCAUGGGUGACGAAUGACGUUAGCAAUCUUGCAUUUUGACAUGUUUAUCCUGGAUCGUAUCGAUGGAGAACUCCUGCACUCUCUCGAACGUUUAGAGCUUAAGUUUGGCUUAAGUGGUUCAGAGUUUUUCGACAAAAUACCUGUUAGAAUCGUUCUUGAUGUGCUCGUUCGUGAGUUCAGGUUUUCUAAAGCGUCUUUUUGUGCCCUGACAUCUUCAUUCAUGACGUUUUAAAACUUCGUCGCCAUCUUGACACUGAGACGUACGGAAGGUUGCCAUGGCAAUUUUGUAAUUUCACAUGUGAAAUUAGAAAUUAACGCUGAAAUUUCGCGCCAAAAUUAAGGAGUAAUUCGUCACCUAUGAUAUUAUACUAGUAAUACAUGUACUCUAGAGAACCGUUUCUUUCAAAUUUCGUCUUAUUCUCGUGCAUAUCUACGCAUAAUUUAUGAAAAGACAAAGGUUCACGUUCCCCUGAGAGCUCUAUUGGGAAAACAAAACACACAAGCGAAAGAGGUCUAUUAACGGGCCCGAAAAGCUGUUGUCGUUUACAUUAAAGCUCGAGGUUUCAGUAGGUUUACAGAUAAUAUGAUAAAACUAUCAGUAUAUAAUCUGAAUAUUUGAUUUCGGGCCCGUAAAGUUACCGGGACUUUCGAGAAACGGGCCCCAGGAGCAUAGUCCUUGGAGUCUCGGUUCGGUCAAUCCUGGGCCGGGUUGUUCAAAGCAGGGUUAAGAUAACCCAGGGUUAGUGCGAGGUAUAAAUUCAGAUAUGAAAGCUUAAAAAUCAAAUUCAGUGUAAUUCUUUUAGCCUGUAACGUACUAAAUUGAUGCUCUAUAACGAAUAGUGAAAAUUAUCCGGGAAAAUGCUUUUGAACAAAAGAACAAGAAACCCAGAAUAAACCUUAAUCCUGAGUUACGAUUAAUGGGCUUUCGAACAAGUGGGCCCUGGAGUCUACUAUGAGCUGUGACGUCAUCGACAGAGACUCGCCCGCUCUUUCCCAGACUUCGCGCGGACAACGGGCAACACAGAACGCCUAGGGACUAGGCUGGGGUCCCAGGGCUUUUCUCUUGGACUCUGGGAGGGUCCCAUCCCAGAUUUACACGAGAAAGGCCCUGAAGAUGGCUUACACGACACCCGAGACAUAAGGGCAGUUCUGACCUCGUGGGUGUAACUUGAAUUUUUCUUUCUUUAGGUGGAAUGCGUCUUCAUGACUGAUGGACUCAUAACAGACCAAAUUCAACAUAACCUUAUUUUAAACGAAAAGGAUAAAUACAAGGAUAUUAAGCUUCAGCCUCUUAAAGGAGGCCGUGGGUGGUUUGGAUUCCGCUUCCUUAACCAAAUCAAAUGGGCAGCGGCGAAAUUUAACUUUCAGUACCUACUUAGAAUUGAUGAUGACUACUUCUUGUGCCCAAAAAGGCUUCUUUCUGAGCUUCCAUUGAGACCAAAACAAAAUCUAGUUUGGGGAUUUUUCCACUGUGAAGCAGGAAUCACAUGGGUGAAUGAAGCAUUUAUGAUAUUCUCCGAAGAUGUUAUUCAGAAGUUCUUGGCGCAGAACGAAAGCUCGAUGUUGUGUCAUCCACAAGCGGACCAACAAGUCAUGUUGUGGCUGAGCAGUAUUCUAAACAUAACAUACUUCCACGAUACCAGGUUACAUCAUCAGCCUCCAGCGUCAUAUGUUCCUCGAUUUAGUCACAUCUCGAAUGUUUGUGACUCCCAUUUAGGCGCGCAUGGGGCAUAUGGCGAGACCAUGUAUUAUCUGGGGCUAAGAGCUAAUGACAACGCUAAAGAUGUUUCAGCUAUUCCUGAUUUUGCAAAAUUUUGUAAAACCACAAAGUUUGAUCACCGUGUAUUUGGUGGUGUGUGGCGACAUGAACCCCAGCCCUGCAAAGAUAACCCAGCGUGGGACUUGGGAGAUAAAAUGUGGUUUGGUAGGGAAGUUGUUCAAGGAGUGUAA